GUGGGGCAGGAGCCACUGCAGCAGCCACAGCAGGAAAAACUUUAAUGCAAUUUGCAUUUCAUUGCAAUUCACAUGCUAAAUUUAUUUUAAAACGAGCUGGUUUUUUCCAUGCACACAGAUGCCACUGGCUUUUCGAAUUUAAUUGUUGCAACUUUUUGGCCAAACUUAUCAUUAUUAUUAUUUUUUUGUGGCCAGGCAUUUUUAACGGCUAAUUUAUGCACAUUUUCCAGGCCUCUGCAUCUGCAGGAAAGGAGUGUGCUAAUAUGCAAUUUAUUUACAUUAUAUUUGUAAUGCGCGAAAAUCUUUUUAUUUAUUUACAACAUUUCGCAAACAAAUGGGCUUUAAUACUCAUCCCAAAGCUGUGGAUAUUAUCAGGGAUAUACAAGGAUCUAACAGCAGUUAAAAUGGAUUGAAUUGAUUUCUGAUUGAAACACGGAAAAUAUAAAGUAUUUUGAUUUAAAAAGAAAAUCAAGGCCAGCAAAUGUUAAACAUUUAAAAUUCAUUAAAACGCUGUGGUUUUUUGGCAAAAUAAAAAUGAAUGAUCAAAAAUAAAUAACACAAUAACACAGUUUUAGCACAAAGAAUAAAGGAAACUGGAGGAAUCCAGCAACAAAGUGAAGAUAAACAAACAGGAAAAUUCAAUCUAUGCGUACAAAGAACUAGAACAACGUAGAAUCUCGAUUUAAUAGAGAAUUUCCGCAGCUCCUAUUGGCCAAUAAAGAUGUGUCAAAAAAUAUAAAUGCCUUUAAAUUCAAAUACUAGUAAUUGUAUUUAUUUAUUGCAAUAUUUGGUUAGAAAUAACACUUGCAGACCUCCCACUUGCCUCCGCCCACCCAAAAUCCAAAUCAAAAUCAAAGUCAAGGUCGGGCCGGACCACGCCCCUCCGCCCACCGUGGCUGAUUACGUUUUGAUUGGACGCAGGCUAAAUUAUUUGAUUAAUGGCAAAUGCCAGAAAAUAAACAAAAUUUGCGGCAAAUGUCACAUUUACAAAUUGGAAAAUCUCCCCAUAUUUGCACUCGCGCGUUUUACAUAUAUAGUACAUAUAUCUGCGUAUUUGUUCGGUCGGGAAUUGCAGAUACAUUGGCAUAAUAUAUAUGUAUAAACAGCGAAGAGGGCCGCAUUUUGUGGUCAAUGUAGAAUUUAAUUUGGCGUUUCGUAUUCGAUUAUGUCGCGACUUUUGUUUAUGACUUGCAUGCAAGCCGACAUCAGAUGAUUAGUGGGCGUGGCCCUCUGCUCGGCGUCCUUGAGUCAAUGAGUCGAUGCGGUGCGAUUCGCCUUGGCAUUGCAUCAUUAAAAUGCAAAUAACAUUUUGCUCCUUUGGCUAAGCGGUGGCAACGCGUGCGGCACGUGUGGCGUAGCCGUGGGGGUGCAGCUUAAGGAUCUGCCGGAGGUACUGGAGCCGGCGCUCCAUCUUCAUCUUGAGGUGCAAAUAGUUUUCGAGCACUUGACAGCAACUUGGCAUUCAACAAUGUUAUAACGCAAGUCUGGACGGGGAUUGCGGUUUCUUGUUCAAGGGCUUCAAAAUGUAAGCUUUCAGCUUCAGUUUCUGAGCGACGGUCACAUUGUUGUUGUGCUCCCUUGCUUUACUUUGUACGCUGGUCACUCCUGUAUCAACCUGUAAGAACUGAAAGUCUUGCGAAGAGGAUCUUAAAAUAUAAUUGGUUUUUCAUUUAUUUGCUUCUAUUUAUAAAUAUGUUUUCAACAUUUAAUUUUGCUAGUUAAAGUCUUCAAAUUGUCAGCUUUCAGCUUCAGUUUCUGAGCGACGGUCACAUUGUUGUUGUGCUCCCUUGCUUUACUUUGUACGCUGGUCACUCCUGUAUCAACCUGUAAGAACUGAAAGUCUUGCGAAGAGGAUCUUAAAAUAUAAUUGGUUUUUCAUUUAUUUGCUUCUAUUUAUUAAUAUGUUUUCAACAUUUAAUUUUGCUAGUUAAAAGUCUUCAAAUUGUCAGCUUUCAGCUUCAGUUUCUGAGCGACGGUCACAUUGUUGUUGUGCUCCCUUGCUUUACUUUGUACGCUGGUCACUCCUGUAUCAACCUGUAAGAACUGAAAGUCUUGCGAAGAGGAUCUUAAAAUAUAAUUGGUUUUUCAUUUAUUUGCUUCUAUUUAUUAAUAUGUUUUCAACAUUUAAUUUUGCUAGUUAAAAGUCUUCAAAUUGUCAGCUUUCAGCUUCAGUUUCUGAGCGACGGUCACAUUGUUGUUGGGCUCCUUUGCUUUACUUUGUAUGCUGGUCACUCCUGUAUCAACCUGUAACAACUGAAAGUCUUGCGAAGAGGAUCUUAAAUUAUAAUUGGUUUUUCAUUUAUUUGCUUUUAUUUAUUAAAGUGUUUUCAACUCUUAAUGUACUCGUUCAACGGCUUCAAAAUCUCAGCUUUCAGCUUCAGUUUCUGAACGACGGUCACAUUGUUGUUGGGCUCCUUUGCUUUACUUUGUACGCUGGUCACUCCUGUAUCAACCUGUAACAACUGAAAGUCUUGCGAAGAGGAUCUUAAAUUAUAAUUGGUUUUUCAUUUAUUUGCUUUUAUUUAUUAAAGUGUUUUCAACUCUUAAUGUACUCGUUCAAAGGCUUCAAAAUGUCAGCUUUCAGCUUCAGUUUCUGCUUCUUUGCUGUACUUUGUACGCUGGUCACUCCUGUAUCGCUCAUAACAACCGAAAGUCAUCCGCAGAGGAUCUUCUUAUUAUUAAAAUGCUUUUAGCUGUUAAUUUUCUGGUUGAAAGGCUUCCAAGUGUCGGCUUCAAUUUCUAAGCGACUGGUCAGUAUCACCUAUUACAACUGAAAAUCUUCCGAAGCCGAUCUUUAUCAAAUUUACUGCCUUCUUUUGUAGUGGACUUAUAUUUUUAUGUUACGUUGUUGAACAUUUACUAAAUUGUUUGCAAACUUUUAUUUCAAUUAUAAACUAGAGAAAUAGUCGAUGGCCUUGGCUUUUAGAUACCCGUUACUCAGCUUAAGGGAGUGCGAAAGGGAUUGAGUUAUGCUUAAAGCAACUCUGCUCUCUAGCCUAUAGCGCCACCUUGCCCUAUAGCGCCAAUUAGCCUUUAGCGCCCCUAGCGGAUUGGUGGCGAAUUAGUGAAAACAGCUUAUUUGCUGUGUGUGAAAUCUCGAGUGAAUUUUUUUGCAUAUUGGUUAUUAUGUGGCUAUAACUUUUUAAUGACUAGUUUGAUUUCAAUCUUUUUUAGCAUGUAGAUAGGUAUUGAUAAUAAAGUUUUAUAAAAUAUUAAAAAAUUAAGGAGCUAGAUGUGUUUUAAUGUUAUAGUCGUUAGUGGGCAUUAUAAUGGGCUUAGCACCCUGCUGAAACAAACUUGCGCUGCGCAGGAAGCCCAAGAACCUGCAUGCCAGGACCCAACACUCUAGAUCUUAUAGUUUCCAAGAUCUCAGCGUUCAUAGAUGGACUCUGCUAGUGAUCAUGAUCAAGAAUAUAUAUACUUUAUGGGGUCAGAAACGCACUUAAAGGUAUCUUUAACAUUAAAGCACAAUCUAAAUUUCGUUUCUAAGAUCUGCUUAACUCAUGCCUAUAGGAAUCCUUUUAAGUCGGAUUCGAAAGUUAGCUAUUUGGCUAGCAAGAAAAAAAGUGUUCGUAAGCCCGGCAACAUACUUUCCAUGGUUUACUCCACAAUGAACCCUAGUAGCUCCCUGGCAACCCUUAUAUAAUCCAAAAGUUGAUCCAACUGCUAGGGACACACUUGGUCACAUUGCCCUUCCGUUUUCGACACUUGUCAAAGGAAAUCUGAACUGACCGGUAAUGAUGUUUGUGCUCGAAUGGAAGAAACGCCCCGCAUGGCAGCUCUGGCUGAGCGAGCUGCCUCGCCAAGGAUCUCGCCAAGGACCCGUCCUAACCCUGCGCUACUACAAGCGCAAGCCCGCCUUCCGCCCCCGGGCUUCGGUGGCCACUUCUCCGCCGGACAAGUCGGCGAGCUCCAAGUUCCAGGCCACUCGCAACAAGCUGCUGGGUCUGCUGCAGCGCUGCGAGAAGGUGGACACCAUCGUCGAGGAGUCCCGCCGCCGACCCAAUCCCUUCCAGCCCGCGGCCGCCUUGGCGAUUGACAUGGCCUACGAGGAGAUCGAGGACCAGAUGCUCCAGGGCAUCCUGGGAUGGUCCGACCACGAGGACGCCGAUGCCGAUGCUGCUGCCCUGAAAAUGUAGCAGACCACAUGGACGACUACGACGACGUCGAAGGCGGCGACCACCGGAACUCGCCAGCUGGAUGAGAAGAUACUUGGAAACAAAUAAAUACCGGGAACCCAAAUCUGUCAGCUGGUCUUUUUUCUCACCGCCUGUUGGAGGGGGUCUCUGAAAUUGGAUUAACCUCGGCACAAUGCAAUUUGAUUAAGUUCGUUUAGAUCAAAUUGGACGCCUCAGCAUCUCGGGCGUGGAUUUAGAGGGGUGUUCAGCCCUUGCUGCCUAAUUAAGUCCCCAGUAUUCACAUGCUAAGCCACCCUCAAUCAAUUUGGGGGGCAGUCAUCACUCCAUCCAUCCAACCACCCCUCAGAACCCUUCAGCGGUCUGUCAAGGUCGCACGCGAUAAAGCCCCCUGACAAUGAAAUUGAAAGUGUUUACCAUAGAGCCGCCUCCAUCGCAAAAAAGAAAAAACUGAAAUGGGGACAAAAGUGGAAAACGCUGAAAGAGAAGCGCCGCCGCCGACAGGAGAGCACAUAAAAAUGGUGUGCCACGCAUGACUAUGAUGGGUCUGGUCUGUUCGGAAGGCCGGUUCCCAGUUCCAAAUGGAUGGUGUAGAACUCGAGUACGGCGGCUUGUUUGGAUUACGCUUUUUUUUCGGGGCUCAGUUCGUGUUCGCAUCGAGCGCGGUCCGGGCGAUUUCCUCCGCUUUCAGUUUCCCGGAUUCGAUUAGACGAGUGCAAUUCGGCGCUGUUCCAAUUGAGGGAGCGUUGAGUUAUGGCCAUUAUGUGCUCCCUGGGAUGCAGCAGCUGAAUCUAAUC